AUGCUCGACGAGGAAGAUGAGAGUUCGUAUAUGAUCGGCGGAUCACUGAACACUACUGGAAAUGAAAAACAAAUGUAUCCACGUUGCUUUGCGCUGCUUAAAGAAUUACAAAAGGGUAACCGCCUGCAAGAGCUAACGAUCAUCGAUCGUGGACGAGGUUUCUACGAUGAGCGUGUGGUGCUGGAUAACGGAAAAGAGCUGAUCAAGGAUGAAUUACCCCUGAGUGGAAUAUCCAGUGAUAAUGGUGAUGAUAUGAUCGAGUUACUUCCGCUCGGAUGUGAAUUACCAACGUGCAGUGACCUGCCAUAUCAAACGAUGGAACGCAGCACUUCUCCCCUCCAUCAGGAUCGUGGUAAUGAGGAGCAGCUUAACGAUAGUGAAGAGCUUGAGGAGUUGAGCGCUGGCCAGCGUCGUACUCGCAGAAAACCGUACUCAUCAGAGGACGAUCCGGCAGAAGCGCUAUCAGAGAUGUCUGUCCGAGGGCUAAAUCUGUUUCGAUACGCAGCAAGCCAGGAAAACGGACAGUUCCAGUGUACCGAGUGUCUGAAAAAGGGUGAAUACAAAACGUUCAAAAAUAAGUACAGCGUUCAGCGACACGCUUUCCUCUAUCACGAAGGCACCAAACGAAAAGUGUUCCCGUGCCCGCUCUGCAACAAAGCGUUUUCGCGCCCGGACAAGAUGAAGAAUCAUCAGCGCACAGCUCACGGAAUUCCAGCGACCAACUGUAAUGUCCAGACCAUCCCACACCAGCAGCCACAACAAUCACUUGAACAGCUGCGAGCUGGACAAUCACUGUUGAGGCAAGAUUAUCGGUCCGAGCAACAAACGGCAACAGAAAAUGCAAUGCAGUUACGUCGUCUACAGCAGGAGCAGGAUGUGCUAAGGAUAAGAAGCGUUGUUAGUAACAUUGGUCUUCAUCAACUACAUCAGCAGCAAGACCUUCAGCAACAAUACAUGCAACAUGCUGCCCACUAAACCACGGUCAGCGCAGAAAACAAAAAAAAUGGUUUCAUGUCAAACAUGAACCACAGUUUCGUUUCCUUGAUGUGCCAUGUGGAAGUUUAGCGUAUAGAAUGAUUCAGUGAAAAUCUAUCGAUUGUUACACUUUUACAGUUUUUGCAAAGAUCCUUUUUAUAUUUUAUUGAAAAUUGAAUUGC